AAGAAUUAAAGGCUGCGUAAGCACGCGUUACAAUACGAGCACAUCUCAGACCCUUGUUCUACAAACAUGCAACUAUAACUCUUAAUUUCCUCGCAGACGAGACAUGGCUAGCAAAGAGGGAUCCUCGACGCCGAGUCGUGAGCGACCCUCGACCAUCACGACACCAAGCGCCCCUACGAGUAACGGCAAUGGACACCUCGAACUCGACGAUAUGCCCUCGUCCCCGAUCCACCCAAUUCAGGAGGACUUGAUGGCCCUGGCCAGACUGGGAGAAUUACGAUCUAUACAGAAGCUGUUUGACACGGGGAAGGCAUCGGCGACGUCGGCAGAUCCUCAGGGCAUCACAGCCUUGCAUUGGGCUGCCAUUAACGGACACUAUGCUCUCUGUCACUACCUUAUCGAAGCCGGCGCAAAUGUAAACGCAAAGGGCGGCGACGCAGAAGCAACUCCGGUGCUAUGGGCUUCUAAGCGCUGCCACCUUGAUGUCGUAAACCUUCUGCUCCGACAAGGCGCCGAUCCACUCCUUACCGAUGACCAAGGAUACAACCUACUGCACUCGGCGACUCUAGAUGGGAAUGUCUUCCAGCUCAUCCUCCUCCUGCACCAAGCAGAUGUACCCGUCGACAUCGCCGACUCGCAAGGACACACCAGUCUCAUGUGGGCUGCCUACAAGGGUUUCCCGGCCUGUCUGGACGUUCUGCUGAAAUGGGGUGCCGACGUGCACGCAAGAGAUGAGUUAGGCUUCACCGCACUACACUGGGCUCUGGUCAAGGGCAGCUACAACUGCAUACAGAAGCUCGUCGAAUACGGCGCCGAUCGCUUCAUCGCGAACAACGAGGGCAAGACGCCUGCCGUCACUGCAAAAGACAUGAACUCGACACGUCAAUGGCAUCGCGCUCUCGCAGACACUGGUUUCGACCCCGAAGGAAAUCCUCGCAACUUCCCUCUGACCUUUGUCAAGGAUUCGAAAAAGUUCCUGGACAGAUUCUUCUUUUGCUGGCCCUUUGUCGUUAUUGGGAUUACAUUGUAUAUUCUUUCCACUAUGCCUGUGUAUUUCGGUCUACCGAUAUCCAUGAUCACAUCGUAUCUUUUACAACUGGCAUCACAAAAGUUACUAAAAUGGGCACCGAGCGACAUGAAGCAUAUGCAUAAAACACCUUUUCUAGCCGGAGUAUUUGCAUCGACUCUUGCAUGGGUGGGUAUCAGAUACAUAACCCACAUUCUUCCUACUACAUUUUCAAGCCAUUUCUUCCUCAAUCUGUUUUUCGUCGCUGCAUUUGGACUUUGUGCAUACUAUUACUUUACAGCCAUGCUCAUGGACCCUGGCUACAUCCCACGCUCAGCAUCGCGCGGACAACAGAAAGCGACCAUUGAAGAGCUCAUCGACGCAAAAGCAUUCGACGAACAACAUUUCUGCACAAUGUGCAUGAUCAGAAAGCCACUAAGAAGCAAGCACUGCAGGCGGUGCAAUCGCUGCGUGGCACGACACGAUCACCAUUGUCCUUGGUUGAACAAUUGUGUUGGCGUCAACAACCAUCGCGCUUUUGUCCUUUACAUUAUUUUCCUGCUCACGGGUAUUGGGAUCCUUGUUCGACUUACACUCGUCUAUCUCGCAUUGUUACCCACACCACCAGACUCAGCUAUCCACUGCGAAGUCCUAAAGCCAGAAUUCUGUGCUCAAUGGUCCAAGGAUCCCUUUACACUUCUCGUAAAUGGAUGGGGAAGUAUACAAUUAACCUGGACGAUCAUGCUCCUCUUCGUCCAACUCACUCAAAUCGCUCGCGCCAUGACGACAUGGGAAGCCAUGAGAAACAACCACGCCGGCCCCCUCGUCACAGCCCUCACCACAGGCUCAACAUCUGCAGAAGGCGGCAGCAUAGGCUCUUCCGGAGGUGGCCCCACAACAGGAUCUACACGCACUACAACACCCGGCCCUGAAUCCUGCUUCUCACAGUGGAAGCGUUUACUCGGUGUUGAUACUUUUGUCGCUACUGCUUUGCAUGGCUCCCGCGCUCAAGAAGUGCUUGCCCAGCGCAGAGAAAAUCCAUUUACAAAAGGUAUUGUGGGGAACUGUGCGGAUUUCUGGUUCGAUGGUGAUGGUGGGGGUGUCAAGGCCGUGUUUGGGGGUAAAGAGGCGGGCAUGGGGUUGUUGGGGGGUGUCAAGGUGGAUUAUAGGAAGUUGUUUGAUUUGCCGAGGGGGGUGGAGGAGGUGUAAGGAGAGGGGAAGAAAGAGUCAGAGAUGUAUAGAUGAUGUUGAGGGAAGGCCUGGUGGAGAUGGGGGCCAAGUCGAUUGUAUAGCAUGGAUGUGUAAUGAUCGAGAUGUAAAUAUGCAUGACAGAUGAGAACUUUUCUCUACAGGUCAGACGUGCUGUGUGCUUAUCCGAAGAUGACAUGUAGAAAAACGCAUCAUGGCUCCUUCU